AUGCCGCCUGUGAUCUUUGACAGUGUCUCGGCCGUCGUCGACGCCCUCCCCAGCCCAUACGGCCUCUUCAAGGCUCUGACUGGGGUGCUCGCCAUCUCGUCUGGCGUGUCCGACCUCAAGAAACCCGCUGUCGCAAACCACGGGUGGGAGCUCAAGCUCGGCCUGGACCCCAAGGGCGCCCUCAAGGGCGGACGUCCGACGCAUGAGCUCCUCCACGCUUUUAGUCUCAAGGAUGUACCGGAUACGCGGGCGUACAGCUACUACGACACGGAGGCGCACGACUUGAACAAGGCGGGGUGGGCGAUUCGUCUGCGUCACAAGGGCGGCAAGGACUUUGAGGCGACGUACAAGAAGCGGUACACUGUCGGUCCGGAGGGACUUGAGGCCACGCUCAAGCUCGCUCGCGAUGAGGGCUUUGACAAGAGCUCGAUCAACUAUAACGCCGAGGUUGACUGGACGUACUCGAAGAAGACUCUGUCCUUUACGCUCAAGAAGGAGUGGCCGGCCACGGGCCAUCACGGCACGAGUCUGCCCGACGAUGACACGGGCCGCCACAUGCUGCUCAAGUACAUGCCUAACAAGCUGCACAACUGGGGCAAGAACCACUGGGGAGACAAGAUCAUGGCCACGACUCGCCAGCACGGGCCAGUCAUGUCCAAUGUGUGGAAGGGGAAUUGGGCCAACACGCUGGUCAAGCUCGAGGUCCUGCCGAUCAUCAAUGCUGAAGGAAACGGGCAUGAGACGAUUGUCGAGCUGUCGUUUGGCGCCGACACCGAGGCACAGGCCACGUCGCUCCGGGACAAGGCGCUUUCUCAAAUGAAAGCUGCGGGCUGGCUUCUCACCCACGACGUCCUCAAGACUAGACUCGUGCUUGAACGGUACUAG